GAAGAAAGGGGGCGUGGUCUCCGCCCGUUGGUUAGCCCCGGCUGCUAACGCGGAGCUAAAGUUUCCCGCACUACUUUCACUUUGUGACAGUUCGGGAAUAAACACCGAGUCCGGCGAUGACCGCGGCUUCUUCCUGGAAAACGAAACCAGCCGCCGCCAUUGUUUGUUUGUUCGUGCCUGCCUCUGCCUGCCUGCGCUCGGCUCGUAGAUGCGGACGUUUGAGUGACAUUUAACGGCUGUUAUCGAUCACUUGUAGCCGUUUUAAAGAUUUUUUUUUUUUUUUUAGCCGUUAAAUAAACGGUUGAGGCACGCGCGGCUACCCCCCCCUCCUCCCCCUCCUCCCCCUUCCUCCCCCCUCCGGUGUUAGCAUGGACGGCGGCGGAAACAUGCAGAGUCCUGAGGAGCGGGGGGCCGAGAGGUUAAUGGAUGACUACCUGAAAUCGAUCGGUUUGCAUCGGAAGAAGAUUGCCAAAGACGGCUCGUGCUUGUUUCGGGCCGUCGCCGAGCAGGUGCUGCAUUGCCAGAGCCUCCACACUAAGGUUCGAGCCCGGUGUGUGGAGUUCCUGAAGCAGAACCGAGAGAUCUACGAGGCGUUCAUUGAAGGUGACUUUGAGGAUUACCUGUACAAGCUCCAGGACCCGCAGCAAUGGGUGGGAGAGGUGGAGAUCAACGCGCUGGCUGUCAUGUACAAGAGGGAUUUUCUGAUCUUCCAGGAGCCCGGCAAACCAGCCGUCAACAUCACAGACAACAACUUCAAGGACAAGGUGCGGUUGUGUUUCCUGAACGGGAAUCACUACGACAGCGUUUAUCCCAUCAGCCACAUUAAGAACGCCGCUCUCUGCCAGUCCGUCCUGUACGAGCUGCUGUACGACGGCGUGUUUAAAGUCGACCGCGGCUCUCUGGGUCCGUGCCAGCGGAUGAGUCGACCCUCCGACGUCCUGAGUGACGACAGCAUGCCCCUCUGUGGCAGCAGCGACGAGUCCGACCUGGACGCCGGCGACGCGCUCUGGGUAGAAAAUGGAACAAGCACGACGACUACAAGACACCAGAGUUACAGGGGCCGUGGGCGUGGCCGGCACCUGCCUGAGAGGGUGAGACGUUCACUGAACCCGACUCUGUUCAGAAACAUAGAGUAUGACGUCUGGCACAAGACCAAGAGAGCUCAACAGAAGAUGGACUAUUGCAUCGCUGCUGGGAUGCAGUUCACUGUAGGAGACCGCUGUCAGGUUCGUCUUGAGGGAGGUGGGCGGAGCUACAAUGCGACCAUCAAGGAGGUGUCUCCCAACAACGGCCCAGUGACAGUUUACAUAGAAGAUCUGGGCAAGAAACAGGUCCCUCUGUGGAGUCUGCGUCCUCCUCAAAGUGAUGAGAACAGCUGGAGUACCGUGGUCAACCGAGACAAGAGGCUCAGCAACGGACACGGAGAUUGGGAGGAGAGGGGUAAAGGCAGAGGAAGGGGGAAGCAGCAGGUCCCAGCAUCCUCCUCUGUUUCCCAGGCAACAGCGCCGGGCUCCAGCGGGCGUGUGCUGAAGCAGCACUCCUGGCCCCCGCAGGCCACCGUGGAGGAGCAGGCAGUGGCGAAAGCCAACAGGAAGUCCGUGAGCUCGGUGGAGGCGGCGUUCGGUCUGACGGAGGAGCAGCGUUUGGCCAAAGAGGAGGAGGAGAGGAACGUGGCGUUGGUGGAGAUCCAGCUCAGAGACGAGAACAGCUUCCCCGCCCUCGGGGUGCAGUCUGGGAUGCAGGGUGAUGGAGGGAAGAAGAAGGGAGGAGAGAAGAGAAGAUCCCAAAGAAACAAGACAAAGAGUCCAGUGGAAGACGUCAGAGCAGAGUCUCCGUCUGCCGGCGAAAGACCCAAAUCUUCCACCCCGCCCCUCUCAGCUGCUCCCACUACACAAACAACUACACCCACCAACCCCUCCCUUCCUCCUGCAAAACCUCCCGCUGCUCCGUCUGCUGACUCCAAUCCUGGUUGGCUGAGCUCGCUCAAGGCUUCGACGCCCAACAUAAACGUGGCCACCACCGCCGCCGCUGCUGUGUCCAGCUCCACCUCCACCAGUGCUGCCCCGGUCGCUAAAUCAAACGCACCUUCUUACGCGUUAGCUACUGGAGCUUCACCGAGUUCUCCUCCUCCUCCGGCUGCGGCUCCGACCACCAAACUGUCUGCUGUGCCUCCCUCCGUCCCCUCCUCUGCCUCUCUCUUCUCCUUCCACACCCCGACUCUCCCCGCUGCUUCAUCACCCCCGACCCCCCACGCCGGCUCCUCCUCUACUCCUCCUCCCGCCUCCUCCACCUCUAAACCUCUCACCUCCUCUUCUUCCUCUCUUCCUCCUAAAUCGUCCGCCUCGCCUCCUCCUUACUCUUCACUACCACCUCCCACUUUCAUCGCUCCCAUCGCUCCCUCUCCCAACGCUGCCGCGCAGGGCUUCCUCCCCCGUUCCUCCCCGCCCGUCUCCUCUCUCUCCCACUCCCCGAGUCCACCCUCCUCCUCCUCCUCCUCCUCCGUUCAUCAUGCUGCUCAGGUCCCCGAGGCUCCACCAGCCUCAGCACAAAGUCCAAAUUCUUUGCCAAAUAUCGGAGGAACCCCGACUGCUGCUCAGACCUUCCAAAGCCACCAGAUUCAUCCUCAGGGGCCUCUGCCCCAAACCCAGACCCAAACCCAGACCUCAGUGCCCCACGAUGGGAACCAAACCCAGCCUCCUCUGUCCACAAACCCAACCCCGAUGCCCCAGGUGCAGCCCGAGGCCCAGUCCUCUCUCGCCCACCUGCAGCACCAACCUCAGUCCCACACUGAAGGGGCCUCUCUGCCGCAGACCCACAUCCACCCGUCUGUCCCCCAGCCCCAGUACCUCUCGCAGCCCCAGUCUGAGGUGGCCCAGUCCUUUCACCCAGCUUCCUACCCCCACACCUCCCAGGCCUCGGUCUCCCAGCCUCCUCACCCCUCCCAAGUCCCCCACCCCUGCCUCUCUCUCUCCGCCUCCCCAACUCACCCCUCUCACCAGUCCCAGAGCCACAACACCCAGACUCAAACCGAGGUCCCGCUCCCCCCCGCCCAACCUCUGGCCGACUCCCCCGCUCACGCUCCCUCCCAGCAGUCGCACCCUCCUCCUCCUCACCCCUCUCACCCACUCCACUUACAGUCGGCACUUCCCCCUCUUCUCCCUCAACCUCAGUCCAUCCCGGGAACCGUUCCCCUGCAGCAGCUGUCCCAGCUCUACCAGGACCCCCUGUACCCCGGGUUCCCUCAGAGGGAGAAGGGCGACGUGGCUCCGACUCCCUCCUUCUCCAACAGCAAAUCAGGGGAGGAUCUGCCCAAAGAUGUCAACAUCUUGAGGUUUUUCUACAACUUGGGUCUCAAGGCCUACUCCAUGCCCAUGUUCCCCCCCUACAUUUACCUCCUCCCCCUCCAGCAGGCUCACACCAUGCACCCCAAGCUCCACUCCCGCUCCCCCUCCCCCUCCCCUACCCCCCACUACCCUCCCUCCAACCCCCCCGCCAGGCCCCAGGAGGCGUACCCCCACCCCCAGUACCCUCAGACGUCAGCGUCUAUGCCGCCUCAGUACGAAACCCCGCUCCCCGAACCCCCCGUCCCCUCAGCGAUCGACCCCUCCUUCAACCAGCCCGGGUACCCCGUCGCCCAGCCUCCGCCCCACGGCAUGUCCGGCUCCUCGCUGCCAUGGCAACAGCACCAGAUGCCCCCACCCAGAAACCCCGGCUUCCCGGUGGAGUACUCCACCCAAAGUCCUCCGUAUCCAGGACCCCCGCCCUUGUCUCAGGGCUACCACCCGGGUCAAGCUCCGGGACACCCGCCGUACCCUCAGAGCGCGCCCCUGUACCCCCCCUCAUCACUGGGGUACCAGUCCCCAUCCGCCCCCGAGGAGCUCCAGGUGAGCCAGGGGGCGAUGGAGCAGCGUCAGCCGGCCAACGGGGACACGAUGUCCGGCGGAGGCCACGGGCGGGUCCGCGGUCCCGCUGCUGUUAGCAUGGCUAACGCUAACAACAGGACUGUGAUGGUUCCUGGUUUCGCCCUCAAGAAGGAGCCGGGAGAGAGUUUACCAAGAUCAGUGCUGCUGGUGGAUCCACCGCUCAACAACACUCCUAUACUGAUUUCGAACCCUGGCGUCAAGGAUGUCCCCGUCUCCAUGACAACCAUGAAGACCGGCAGCACCUCCUCCGGCUCUCCGUUGCCUUACGACCUCAUCUCCAAGACGACCGUCCCCGGCGACGGCAACCCCUCUCGCGGUUACCGGGGCCACCACAAACCUCUCCACCCCUCCGGCCCUUACGUCCCUCUGGGGCCGCCGGAGCCCGGCCAGGUGAGCUACCUGCCGGCCGCUGCCAUGGCGGAGGUUCUGUCUGUGGGCUGCAGCACAGAGGACAGCUGGGAGGAGACGAUCGGAGGAAAACAGACGACCCUGAACCACCGAGGGCCGAAGAGGAGCUACAGAGGAGGAGGAGGAGGGGGGGGAGAGGAGGAGGAGGCCAUGAUCGAGGGAGGAUGCCUUACAGGAGGAGACAUGGAGGAGAGGGAGGGGCGGGGCUUGGCUAUGUCCAGUUUAACUCCUCCUCCUCCUCCUACAGGGGGCGGGGCCGCGAGAGAGGAUAUUAGCUCUCAGCCAAUGAGAGGAGAGGACACCUUCCUCUCCUCUCCCCACCGAGCUUCUUUGAUUUCUGCUUCGGACGUUUGCUUUUUGUUUUCCUCGUCCAGUCCUCGUCACUGAUUGGUGGAUGGGAUUGAUUGCACACGCACACACACACACACACACACACAACGGACACCAGAAACAAUCAGAUCGAUCAAUCGUCUUCUGUCUGAAGCUCCGUAAUCAAUGUGUCUAAAGGCUCCAGCUGUCAGGGUUUCUUCACGGCAGGUGGAAGUUUCUCAGCAGUUUAAACUCGUAGUAACUGUUUCCUCCUGUUACAUUAACCCAAUCGCUUCAAUCUUAUCCAAAAGAAAACAACUAUUUCUAUAAUAGGACGUCAGAAUUCGGACUCUCCUGCGUCCCUUGAACGCCACAUAACAACUGCGUGCUUGGCAUGUCCGUACAGCUUUAGACACAUUUAAACACAAUUCUGCAACAAGCGAGCACUUUCUUCUCAGCGUGUUAAACAUUUGAUUUAAUGUCACUAAAUAUGAUUUAAGAGUUGGUAUUUCUGCUUUAAAGCCAAUAGGAUAAAUAAAUAGGAAGAGAGCUCAAACUGAAGCUGUGCGAACGUCGUCUUUGGUUUGUUUUAAUUGUCUGCUGCUGGUCUCGUGUCCCUGUCCUCUGUGUAAAUGUCUUCUUUCCUGGGUUUUGUUUUCCUUUUGAUUAUGUUUGAUUAACUCUUGAGAACUCUAGAGAUUCAGUGCCUUACGUUUGCUGCUUCUUGUCUUUUUUUUUUUCUCCUGAGUUUGGGAAACACUGCUGUACAGAACAAAGGCUGUUGUUGUCUGUGUUGGAUUUUUCUAUGCGGUUGAAUAAAUAAAACUUUGGUUCAGA